UUAAUUCAACAUUUUCCACUUCCUUAGGCAGGCUGAGAGGAAAGUCCAAACCAAGAGCUCAACAGAGCUUUAAAUUGUCUUUGACUCUGGUCUGCCAGCUUUGGUUACCUAAAAUCAAAUUCGAGUGACGAAGGAAAGGUGGUUCCAGGUGCAUCAUUCUGUUGACAAGAUAAAAUUUUAAGUUAAAUUAAAGAUGUCUCGGAGACCAGCUGGGAUUGCAGCCAUAAAGAACAGAAGUCUUGCCCAGGCAAAGUACAAAGACAAAGGCUCUGAAAUAGCAGAGAAUCAGUUUGCCCAGAUGGGAAAGCAAAUGGAAAUGUUCAAACAUAACCUAGAAGAAUUCGCCACAAAACAUAGAGAAGACAUUCGCAAAGACCCAGAGUUUCGACUUCAAUUUCAAGAAAUGUGUGCUUCAAUUGGUGUUGAUCCUCUUGCUUCCAGUAAAGGCUUCUGGGCAGAGAUGCUUGGAGUUGGAGACUUUUACUAUGAACUUGGAGUACAGAUUGUUGAAGUGUGUAUGGCUACCAGUAAAAGAAAUGGAGGACUGAUUGGUUUGGAUGAGCUGAGAAGAAAAGUAGAAGCUUCCAGAGGCAGGACUUCACAAGCAAUAAGCACAGAUGAUCUUCUGCGUGCCAUCAAGAAGUUGAAGAUCCUGGGUAAUGGUUUCUCAGUCCACAAAGUUGGCCAAAAUUUCCUUGUACAAUCUGUACCAGGGGAAUUGACGCUGGACCAUACUAUCGUACUUCAGCAAGCUCAGGAAAAUGGCCAUGUCACAAAGUCAGGAAUCAUCAGUAAUUUAAGCUGGGAGGAAGAAAGAGCAAAACGGGCAUUGGACUUUAUGGUCAAGGAGGGCCUUGCUUGGGUUGACGAUCAAGGAAGGAAGGAACGUUCAUUUUGGUUCCCAAGCCUCAUCCCUGAUUUCUCGUCUACCCCUGUUGCAAGCUGAUGCUGAAGUGGACCUUGCUUUGGAGUAUUGACAGGUGUUGACCAUGGCUGUGACUGAUGAAACAAGCUUUUGAAUUAUUUUUUUCUUUUUGUUUCAGUGUUUGAAAUUAAGUCUUCCUAAUUCUGAAUGAUAAGGUAAGGAAAUAGAGAGGAAAGUGAUUGUUAUUGUGCCUAUGAAGGAAACUUUCUUAGAUUUUUUAAUAAAGUUUCACUGUUUACUGAAGA